CAUCGUGUGCGCCAAGAUGGCGUUCUUCAGGCAACUUCGCGUCAUCCUCUGGAAGAACAUUGUGGUGUACUCCUUCAAGAGGCACUACUUCCUCACGUUUUUCACCAUGUUCAUCCCCCUGGCGCUCUCGGCCGUCCUCGUCUACCUGCGGAGCCUUGGAGUGUCGGGUUCGACCCAACCGAUCGUCCGGAUGAACGCAACAGUGUACCCAGAGUUUGCACCCAGCAUCACCGCCUACGGUUUUCCCAAGUUAGUCGUCUAUGCACCGGACACGGUGUAUGUGAAAGAGAUUAUGCAAGCCAUUUUUCCUGGCUCAAAGGGAUUCCCGUCAGAAGCUGCGAUGGACAUCUACAUCGCAAACGCCACCCUAACAUCCGAUUCCGGAACGCAACUGGCAGUCAUCUUUGGCAAGGCUCCAGAAGACGGUUCGGUGCCGAGGGACCUGUUUUACAUGGUGCGCUUCAACAACACCGACUUCAACUUCCACACGGGCGACCGAUAUCCCGAAUCGAAAAAUCCCGGGCCCCGGGACGAUUCCGCUGACUUGUACAGACAAAUACUUCUGGGCCUUCAAGACAAGAUAUUUGGAAAGCACGUCGACCUGCUCAUCAAAGACCGGAAGCUUACAAACAAGCCUCCGAAGAUCAUGAUGAAACGGUUUCCGUAUCCCGAAUACAACAACGACUCCGAGUACGGCACCUUGUUGCGCCUGAUCGCCAUGUUUGUCGUGUACGGCUAUCUUGUGUUUUCGCCCAUCUACGUGAGGAGGGUCAUCACGGAAAAGUCCAGCCGUGUCCGGGAGCUGAUGCGCAUGAUGGGACUGACCGACUGGGUCUAUUGGAUCGGCACGUUUGCCAGCGGCUUUCUCGUGAUGGCCGUGACGUCGGUCGUCAGCCUUGUGCUGUUCAAGAUCAAGGUGGCGCCCUUGGCUGCGGUGUUGCUGUACAGCGACUUCUCCCUCCUUCUCUUCAUCAUGCUGCUCUACGCCACGGGAGCCAUACUGUUCCUGUUGCUGUUCACCGUGCUCUUCAACAACGCGGUGGUCGGCGUCAUCUUCUCCACCGUGGGCUGGGUGCUGAGCUUUACCCUGCCGACGACGCUCCUGGACCCACCGGAUAAGGACAGCUACAUGGGCAUCGGCCGCUCUAUGAAACUGACCACCUCCCUCCUCCCCAACACUGGACUCUACUGGUGCUACAGGCUCAUUUCGUUCUUCGAAGGACAGGGGAUCGGUGCCUCUUGGACCAAUAUAAAUAGUCAGGCGGUGCCCGCCGACAAUGUCACCCUCCUGGAAAUUGUGCUGGUCAUGAUCGGCUCUGUCUUCAUCUACGGCCUGCUGUUGUGGUACCUAGACAAUGUGUGGCCCUACCAGUAUGGCAUUCCGAAGCACCCCCUGUACUUCCUGCAGAAAUCGUAUUGGUACUCGUCUACCGACUACGACAGCGGCAACGAUAUGGAAGCCGUGGAUAAUGCUCCGCCCGACGUCUUUGAGGCGCCUCCGCAAAACGUUGAUACCGCCAUUUCCUUGUCGCACGUCACCAAGAGGUUCCGUGGCGCCAACAAGAAGGCAGUGGACAACCUUUCCCUCAAGAUCUACGACAGGCAAAUCACCGUCCUGCUCGGCCAUAACGGCGCAGGGAAAACGACAACCAUGAACAUGAUUACUGGCAUGUUUCCACCAACGGAAGGACGGGUGAACAUCAGGGGCUACAACAUCCUGAGUCAGACAAAGAAAGCCCGCGAAAACUUCGGCCUGUGUCCUCAGCACAACGUCCUCUUUGACGAGAUGACUGUAGAAGAGCACCUCUACUUCUUUUACAGUCUGAAGAACAGUCCCGAAAUUGCCUGGAAGGAAAACAUUGACAAAAUCUUGUCGAAUCUUGAGCUAUCCGACAAGCGACGGGCGCUCGCCAAGGGCCUUUCUGGAGGCAUGAAGCGGAAGCUCUCUCUGGGGAACUCCAUGAUUGGAGGUUCUAAGAUCCUCAUUUUGGACGAGCCGACGGCGGGGAUGGAUCUGCAAGCCCGCCGUGCGGUCUGGACGCUUCUCCAGGAGCUCAGGCGGGAGAAAACAAUCCUCUUGACGACGCACUACAUGGAGGAGGCGGACGCGCUGGGAGACAGAAUCGCGUUUGUGGCCGGAGGGAAGCUGCAGUGCUGCGGAUCGCCCAUCUUCCUAAAAAAGAAAUUUGAAACGGGGUACCGCAUGCGGAUAGCCAAGGCGGAUCCCUGCGACCUCGAGGCCUUGACCCAGCGGAUCACGGGUAUGGUCGUGUCCAGCCACAUGACCUCGGACAUCGGGCACGAGGUUGUCUACAACCUCGGUUUCCCUCCGGCCUCGGACGUGAUUCCCCUCUUGAAGUCCCUCGAACAAGACAAGGACUCGCUCGGCAUUGCGAGUCUCGGGAUCUCAGUCACAACGAUGGAAGACGUCUUCAUCAGGGUUGGAGAGCUGGCAGACAUGAGUUUGGACAACAGUAGCACUGCGUCGUCGAUGAACAAAGGCGAAAUGAUCAAUGACGACGCUUACCCACGGGUCCAGCGCGUCCGCGGACGCCUGCCCCUCCUCCUCCAACAAAGCGCCGCGCUCUUAGCCAAGCGCGCCAAUGCCACCCGCCGCCAGUACUUCCUCCCCAUCCUCACCAUCCUCAUCCCCAUCGCCCUCUUCGUCGUCUACGCGCUCAUGGACAUCAAAGACAAGAAGCUAAGCGACUCGAGCUCGUCUCGGAUUGUUUACGACCUCGGGCCGUUCGCCGGCUCAACGGUAGGCUUUGUGGACUUGGCCGAGCCGGUGGUGCGGCCGCUCACGACGUCCUACGAGCGCGCGAUGGCGGCGCAGAAGGUCGAGGUGAAAGAAAAUGUGGGUGAUCCGAACGAGUUCCUUCUGGACGUUGCGAGGAAGAGCUUGUCGGAGUACGAGGGCAAGUACCUGGUCGGCGGAAGCGUGGAGGGCGUCGCGAAGCUGGUAGCGUGGUACAACGGGGAGCCACUUCAUUUGGGUGCCAUGUCCCUGAACCUGGCGCACACGGCGGCGCUGAGGUACGUGACCGGGGAGGACGACGCCGUGGUCUCGGUCACCAAUUGGCCGCUGCCGGGGAAGCUGAGCUACCAGCUCUUUGCUGGCGAGUACGAGCAGACGUCUCGGAUCCUCUGCUCGGUGUUUGUGCCGACCGCGCUGGCGUUCCUGUCGUCCUCUUUCGUGCUGUUUCCGACGCACGAGCGCGUCACCAAGGCCAAGUUGCUGCAGCUGAUGGCCGGCGUUCCCGGCGUCCUCUUCUGGGGCACCACCUUUCUCUGGGACUUCCUCAUCUUUGCCAUCUGCAGCACUGCGAUCAUGGUGCCGCUCCUCGCCAUCAACCCCAACGGCAUCUUCCUGUCGAGCGCCGAGGUUGCAGGGGCCACCUACUUCCUGUUGCUUCUGUACGGCUGGGCAGCCAUUCCCUUCAGUUACCUCUUCUCGUACGUGAAGAAGACGCCGUCGGCCGGCUACGCCCUAUUGACCACGAUCAACGUCAUUACGGGCGUGAUGCUGAGCAUCGUGAUAUCCGUGGUCUUCUUCCUGGGCAAGCUGAAGGUGUUUGGCAUCGACGAAGAGGUUCUGGCCAAGUCCAUGUGGGCCCUGAGGCUGGUACCGGGGUUCUCGGUCGCCUGGGGAUUCGCCAACAUCCACGAGAUCGGCGGAGACGUCCGCAAGUGCUCCCAGAUCCCGGAGGCCAUGCGCGUGGACCGCUGCCCUAUGGCGGCGGUGUUCAACAUCGAAGUCUGCUGUCAACUUAACGCUUUAAGCGGUGGCAACCGGAGGAAGCUAUCCAUAGCAAUGGCGCUCAUCGGCAAUCCCCCCGUGGUGUUCCUGGACGAGCCCACGGCAGGGGUGGAUCCUGCGGCGAGGAGGAAGAUCUGGCAGGGCCUAGACAGGCAGAAACUGAUGGGCGCCGCGGUCAUUCUCACCAGUCACAGCAUGGAGGAGUGUGAGGCACUCUGCCAGCGGAUAUCCAUCAUGGUGAACGGGUCGUUCCGCUGCAUGGGGUCCACCCAGCACCUUAAGUCCAAGUUUGGCCAAGGGUUCACGGUGCUGGUGAAGCUGCGUCACGACCAGGCCGUCACUGCCACUACGUCGGCCGUUGCAGACGUUUGUAACGCCAUGGAGGAUGCUUUCGGCGGCUGCUGUCAACUACGAGACUCUCACCAGACGCUGCUGCAUUUCCACGUGACAGACCUGAGCAUCAAGUGGAGCGACCUCUUCGAGACCAUGGAGGAAAUGAAGCAGCGUCUCCGGUUUGAAGACUACAUCGUCAGCGACACGACACUGGAACAAAUUUUCCUGGCCUUUGCGCGGGCGCAGCGUGACGCAGAAGACACCUCCGACACAAUGCGCGUCAGUGCCUGA